GUCUCUCAUCUUUCAGAUAGUUCGUUGACAAUAGCUUCGACCGUCAGCAGUCAAUUUGCCAACAUGAAGACCACACACGGAGUUCUCAUGAAGGCCGUUCUGAUUCUCAUUAUUGCUAUGUGUUUUUCGGCAGUUUCAUCUGCCGUCAAUUACCAGUCUCCUGUGGACAACCUGUCCAAUGCGGAGUUCGGUAUCAGAUUGAACGAUGCUUCUUCUCUGCUGGCAUCGGCUACCCUCCCUGGAGGCACGUCUACGACCAUCUACUACACGGUACCAGCACCUGUGUCUACCGUGAACUGGAAUUUCACUGCUGUUGUAGGGAACGCUGGGACCAAGCAGAAUUUGGUGAUAGCGAUUGAGCCUGAUGCCAAGGUGAACAUUACGAACUACAGCCCAAGGACUUACGUCAUCAACGUAUAUAGCAUAGCCUCGGGUAAUUAUGAGCUCGCCAACAGCGUAACCUGGUUGGGGUGAUUAUCCAGGAAAUGCUUGACAGUCAGCUCUACAUUUUGUGGAGUGCAGAAGAUGAUCAGAGUUUUCAGGACUCCAACAACUUUCAGCUCAGCAUCCAUACAAAAAUUACUAGCAAUCUAUAAAUGACGACGGUGACCACGUUAUGAUUUUCAUUCUAGCAAAUACGAGGAUUAUGGAUCCUUCAAAGUCAAUAUUAUCUUAACCACCAACAGUGGAAAUGGACUAAGCAUGUUGCUUUGUCUAAAUAUAUAAAUAAAUAAAUAUAUAUAUAUAUAUAUAUAUACACAAAUUCUGAUUUGUCAGAACAUUUGUUCACAUAUGUUUUUAUUGUACCAGAAUAAAAUUUUUGAGUCUCGU